AUGCACCAUGUGGCCAAAUUUUGGCCACUCUCCGACGUUCACCUAGGACGGAGUACGCCGCCAAAAACGUUCACCGCACCGUCUCUGUAUCGAUUGGCGGUGGAAGCUUUUGUGCGAAGCUUUUCCGACAAUCCGCGGUGUAAUGGGUACCGUGUGGCUAUCGGACAGUUGCCGGUAACCGUGCGCUUGGACGUGCUGUGUGAGAUGUGCGAUUGUCCGAGCUUAAUCGAGGCCCAGCUUCAUAUCCUUUCCGAUCCGUUGCUGUUCAGUGAUCUCAUUCGGUAUCGAUCGAGUGCCCUCACGCCGCUGGUGCGUUGUGUGCAGUGGCUACAAAGCGCCAAGGAGUCGCUUCCAGCUGAGCUUUGCACGCGGUAUCGUCGUUUGGUUGAUACGAAGCCGCACACCGAUGACCACAAGCGGCUCGAUUAUCGGUGCGGAUUGCGCAUUGGUACGUUCCUAACGCAGACUGGGUGGACUGUGGAAGCGAUCGCGAUUCUGUUGAUCACGCGGCACCAAACACGUCUCGGCUCUCCGGAUGAGCUUGCCGUCCUGCGGCAGCUUUUGCGUGCGCAAACUCUCACCGGAAAGCUCAAGGAUGCCAGCAAGACGUACCAGCGUAUGGAGAAGGUAAAACGGUGGAUUCUGCUCCUGCCUGAGACUGAAACCGGAAGGCUGCACGAUCUGUUCGCCAGUGUGUGGCAUUCGUUCGCGUUGUUCCACUUUGAGAGUCGGAGCUUUCGCGAAAGCUUCGAGUGUGGUGAACACGCGUUAAGUUGGCUCGGUGAACGAUCACCCAGCCGGCUAGUGGUGGACGUGUAUCGGCUUCUUGCGAGGGCUUCCGUUGGUCAGCGUUUGUUCGAAUCCGCUGAGGUGUUGCUCGAGCAAGCCAUUGCACGAGCUAUGCGAGACUUCGGAAGGACUAGUGCCCCAUACGCUGAGACACUCGAGGAGCUGGCGAUGUUUCUGCUUGCGCGUAGCCAAGUUGGCGAAAGCGUGGACGUGUACGCGGAGGCUCAACACAUCUACAUGCAGCUGUACGGAUCGCGGAAUCUUCUUCUGUCACUUGCGCAGGGUGAUCUAGCGUACGGAUUGUGCUUGCAGGCGUACGUCACUGGUCGGCGAGAUCGAGCGUUGCAGCACGUAGAGCAGGCCAUCGGGAACUAUAAUCGCAUCCUUCCGAAGUAUCAUCGACUGUUCGUGCAGGUGCGUCGAUUACGCGUCACGAUUGAUAUGCUGAAGUUCUACACUAAUGGCGACACAACCGACACGCCGACGUUCAACUACAGGGAGGUUUAUGAGCCACUUUCUGUCGAAGAUAUUAGCUCCAUCCGAUCGGUCCAGCAGGUCCCAAAGGCCUGGUAA